GGUACGGUACACAGGGUUAGGGUUACAGCGGUACCUUGAGCUGCCAUACCCCGCCACUGGCCCACUCGCGUACGAAUUCCAUGUUGGGAGUUUCUCGAGUUCGCUUGCCCGUCCUCCCUUCACUCUUUUCAACCACAACGACGCAUUCAGACCUACGGCUACCUGCACGGGACAUUCGCGCCUCACCCUUCGUCAUAUUAGAACUCGCUUGAAUUUACCAUUCUCUUUCGAGGUUUAACAGGUUCUACAAGAGCGAGCAAACAUGGAGUCCGAAACCCUCGAGCAACUGCAAGCUCGGCAUCGCAAGGAGCAGAGAGACCUUGUGUCACGCAUCACAAACAAGAAGAAGAACGCGACCAAGAAGACACGCAAGGGCGUCAACGAUGAAUGUGCCCAACUGGAAAGCGAACUGAAAGCGAGACAGGAGGAGGAGCUCAGGAAGUUGCAAGGAGGCGACGACGGCCACAACAACGACGAGCAGGCCCAAGAGCCCGAGGAAGAGCAAAACGCCGAAGAACCAACGACAGUCAACGAUGUGACCGAGCAGCUACAGAAGACCACAGUCUCUGAUCAGUCGAGUAAAACAAGUUCCCCUCCUCCGGUGGAACAGUCCUCCAGCGGCGGAGGAAAGAAACGAAACCGCCAGAAGGAGCGUCUCGCCCGGCGGCAAGCCGAAAUAGAAGCUGCUGCAGCGGCAGCCGAGAAAGAGGCCUCGAGUAUGGUGGACCAUCGCGGUAUCGAGAAGGCAUACAUGUCGCGCGAAUUCAAGGCGCAUUUUUUGGAAGAGAAGGAUAUCGAGCCCGAUGGGCACUGUCUGUUUUCCGCAGUGGCAGACCAACUGGUCGUCCACGGGCUCCCAGUAGAUGGCCCGUUGUCCAAGAGCAAGGGGACGCAAACACAAGAGAAGCUGCCGCCAUAUAGGAUGGUGCGUCAUACGGCGGUUGACUACAUGGAGAAACACGCGGACGAUUUUGCGCCUUUUCUCGAGGAGCCCUUCGAGACCUACGUGGCCAAGAUACGGGAUACAGCAGAGUGGGGUGGACAACUGGAGCUGACGGCGCUGGCAAACGUGUAUAACGUCGAGAUCAGGGUGGUGCAGGACGGUAGGACCGAGGUGAUACAGCCCAACGCUGUCGCAAAUGGGGAGAGCAAUGGGGACAAGGAGGAGCUGAAGGUCCUGUGGUUGGCGUACUAUCGCCAUGGAUAUGGGCUCGGUGAACAUUACAACUCGCUGCGCAAAGCAAGCGCGUGAGACGGUGAUUUGCCAAAAGGCGAGUUAUCAAGCAAACGAUCAGAGUGUCACCCUCCCCUCCCUGUUGCUAAGUUGCUCUCUCCCACACAAAGUAACUGGUACCGAAAAGGUUUCCCCUGACCAUCCUUACUGGUGGCUCCAGACCGAGACACGGUCAAUCACGUUUCCUUGGUCGUCGCACCCAGCCUUGUGUGUGUAUGCGGGCUGUAUACGUGCCAGCCGUUUGAGAGCGCCCGGUGUUGUAUCCGCGCUUCCGUCCAUAACCUGUCCC